AUUUCCCUCCAGAAAGGUUGUACCGAUUUACAGUUUCACUGGCAAGAUAUGAGGGCUCCUUGUAUCGCAGUCCAACCCCAGCUCAUUUCUUAGUGUAGGUUUGUUUUUAGGAUGGUCGGGCUCAAAGCAGAACUAAGAGAUCUGCCGUUUUGGACACGGCCGAGGCGCGCGGCUCCCGGCGCCUGGAACGCGCUCUGAGUACGCCGGUCCCUUCAAGGUUGCGCGGGCUCCCGACGAGACCCGGCCCAGCCGGGCACCCCCGCGCGCUCCCGGAUCUCGCCGGCCGGUUGCCAUGAGAACCACGGAGCCUCCGAACGCCCGCAGACUAGCCUGUAUCUGAGGGGGCGAGGGAUACCGAGGCCCAGGCAUGGAGCUGCCGGAUCCGGUGCGCCAGCGGCUGGGAAACUUCAGCCGGGCUGUGUUCACUGAUUCCAAUCGGACCGGUCCGGAGUACAGUGAGGGUCCCGAAAAUGAAAUGGUCUCCAGUUUGGCAUUGCAGAUGUCACUUUAUUUUAAUACCUACUAUUUCCCACUGUGGUGGGUGAGCAGCAUUAUGAUGCUUCACAUGAAGUAUUCAAUCUUGCCUGAUUACUACAAAUUCAUUGUGAUCACUGUUAUCAUCCUAAUAACCUUAAUUGAAGCCAUCCGGUUGUAUCUGGGCUACAUGGGUAACCUACAGGAAAAGGUUCCUGAGUUGGCUGGCUUUUGGCUUUUGAGCCUUCUAUUGCAGUUACCUUUAAUUCUUUUCUUGCUCUUUAAUGAAGGCCUAACAAAUUUGCCCUUGGAAAAAGCGAUACAUAUCAUCUUCACUCUCUUCCUGGCUUUCCAAGUUGUUGCAGCAUUUCUUACCUUAAGGAAAAUGGUUAAUCAGUUGGCAGUUCGUUUCCACCUCCAAGACUUUGACCGGCUCUCUGCAAACAGAGGAGACAUGAGAAGGAUGAGGUCAUGUAUAGAAGAGAUCUGACCCAGUGUUGAGUGAAAAUCUGACAGAUCAUUCUAGAAGACUGUAAGAGUUAGGAAAAUAUCAGAGCUCUAAUAUGAGAAAAGGGACAAAGCAAUUGUUUUGUAUACACUCACACUCUGAAAUUCCAAGGUUGGGGGGCAAUGAUGAAACUUUGUACAAUGUAUGAAUCAGUAUAUUAGCCCCAAAACCUAGAUGUUGUCCACCUGAUGCCGAAUUUCUUAAUGUUUUUUGAUGUUGUCUUUUUCAGGAGUGUAGAAAUGUAUGUAUUGGUGGUUGUCAUUUGCCAGCUCUCCUGUAGUAAUUCUGGUUAGAAUCUGUAACUAGAGAUGUGCACAUUUCUUUAAAACUUGUUGGUUGUCUGUGUCUUGGCUGUACAUAUGACCAUGUUUCUUGACAUGGAAAUGCCAGUCAAUGUUCCUAUGUAUCUGACUAUAUCUAUAAACCAAGAGACCCGCCAGGCGCAGUGACUCACACCUGUAAUCCCAGCACUUUGGGAGGCCAAGGCGGGUGGAUCACGAGGUCAGGAGAUCGAGACCAUCCUGGCUAACACGGUGAAACCCCGUCUCUACUAAAAAUACAAAAAAAAAAAUUAGCCAGGUGUGGUGGCGGGCACCUGUAGUCCCAGCUACUUGGGAGGCUAAGGCAGGAGAAUGGCGUGAACCCGGGAGGCGGAGCUUGCAGUGAGCCAAGCCACUGCACUCUAGCCUGGGCAGCAGAGCGAGACUCUGUCUCAAAAAAAUAAAUAAAUAAAAAAUAAACCAAGAGACCAAAUUUUCAUGUCUGCUAGGGUUAAAUUCUAACCCUAAUAUUAGCUGUUAUACUGAGAUUAAGAAGAAAACAGGUGGAUUGCCUUGGUAUUUAGGAAAUAUUUUUGUUAUAAAAUUAUAACUUUCAUAAAACCAUAUUCAGUAUUUGUUAUAGUGGUAUACAAAAUGCUUUUACAAUAAAUUAUUAAAUAUUUAAGGUAUCAACA